AUGGCCUUCAACUUCAACUGGUCGCCGUUGACGGCUGAUGCCGACUUCUACCGUCGUGCGCGCGACCUUUUGACCAAGGCGCUGAACAAGAGCCCCAAACCGCCCAUCAUUGUCGACGAUAUCCUCGUCAGCGAGUUCAACCUCGGCACCGUGCCCCCCGACCUCGAGAUACUAGAAAUUGGCGACUUGGCAGAGGAUAGGUUCCGGGGCAUCUUCAAGAUGACUUAUUCUGGUGAUGCUUUCUUGACGCUCAAGACCAGAGUUCAAGCCAAUCCGCUAAACACGUACCUAUACUCGAAGCCGACUUUCACCUCCCCUCAGCCCUUGGCCGCUGCGUCAGGCCUAACCAUUCCACUCUCGAUCACCUUGUCUGAAAUUAAACUCUCGGCGUUCAUCAUCCUCGUCUUUUCAAAGCAAAAGGGUCUGACCCUUGUCUUCCGCAAUGACCCACUCGAAUCCCUCAAAGUUUCGUCGACCUUCGACUCGAUACAGUUCGUUCGCGAUUAUCUACAAAGGACCAUCGAACAGCAAUUACGAAAUCUCAUGAUGGACGAGUUACCCGCGAUUAUUCACAGAUUGUCCCUUCAACUAUGGUGCCCCGAUCAAGCCAACAAGGGAACCGAAACCCCCAAGGAGACGGAAGAUGAAGCAGGUGUCGACCCUCUGGCAAGUCCCCCGCAGGACCCUGUCGAUGCCAACGGCAAUCUCCUCGACCCCAACGCCAUCUCGGAGCUUACACUGAAUGGGAGCGGCGAGGUCAAAUCUCUGUUUUCGCAGAAAAACCUGCUACGUCUUGCCGCCUUGACAGACUCCCACCGCACUCUAUCUCUCUUCACUCCGGGCAUUCGCGAUGUGGUCUUCCGUGCUUGGACAGGGCACGACGGUCGUUCUGAAGCGCCAACGCCAUCAAUCACAACACCCUCUCUCACCAAGACCUACUCGUUCCCUGCUGGCACCUCUACGACAUACACCUUCUCCGAUACCGGAAGUACUGCGCACGGUCAUCUCCCAGCUCGACCCUCGCUCGUCAGUUUGAAUUCAGCUACAACUGGCCUGUCACUUGGACAUGGCAGCCGAUCACGGGCAGGUCGCAAGAAGAAGACAAGAGUGGUCAAUUUGAGGCAAACCAAGUCAGAGGCGGUUACCCCAGAGACUAUCAGCGAGGCCUCAGAGACCGAAUCCCUCAACAUUCCAUUGUCGGAGCCUGCUCUUGACGAAUCUAUUCCUGAAGAGACAAAUGGUUCUGUCAUUGCCGAAGCGCCCACUCCGGCCAAGGUUCGAUUCAGAAGCGUGCAGGAUACGGGCCUUCCUCCGCUGAUGGCAGAGUUCCAAAAAUCCCAACAGAGGGAACCCCUUUUGGUUUCUGACCAAGCCCCUGAACCUCCGAGCUUUGCAGCCACGGCUGCCACUAUCGGCACCAAGGCAGGAAAGGACAAGGCGUUCAUCUUGGAAAAUCAAAGCACCAGUUCAGAGAAUUCGUCUGUCAUUCUCGAACAAGCUUGGAUCAUGAAGAUGGCGGGCGAAAUUGCCAAACGCGUCUACGACGAGAAAAACCGACAACGCGGAAACUGGGAGGAGCGCGAAGAUAUGCCACCACCAGCAUACGAAGCCGCUACUCGAUAAAAUUGCGGAUCAUGAGCAUCAGUAUAUACCGCUCUCCAUUCUUUAGAUCUUUUCUUUACUUUUCAUUCUUUUUCGCAGGCGCCGGUGUUUGGAGGGUUUCAGGCUUUGGACACGACCUGACCCAGCUUUUCUUUUGGUACAUGCAACGGGCGUUGGAAGAGGCGAUGAUAAAAAAAGGUGGGCCGGAUCACGAGUUAUGACCGGCCAGGCUGGGGCGUGGAUACUGUCUUUAUUUCCUUUGUGGUCCAUUCUACAUGUGUGAGCCGAUAGCAUCACACUAUAAGAGUUCUAGGGGUCGCGCAGGGUGCGACUGGAUAUGGUUACCUUUGUGUUUUUGGGUUGGUCGCGGGUCCCAGGAGGAUGGUUUGCACACAUGGCUUGGUACAAGGUGUUUGAUGAACGGUUAUGGAGUAGGACUGGUGAGGUAGGCUGGGACUGGGAAUGGCCGAGAUAUCAACAGGCACAAAACCCAUGGUAUGGGAUAAAAGGGUUAACCGGAAGGGCGGGUUGGGUAGCACCCACAAAGUGUUUGUGUUGCUGCAGAGACAACUCCAAUUCACAUGAUUCAAAGAU